GUGUCUAAUUGCAAGAAAAACGAGAUAUUGAUUUACAGACCAAUCAAAUAGAUCGUGCCACUCCUCGUCAUCUUUUUAAGACAGUAUCACAAGUCAUAGGUGGAAAUUCAAAAAGUCUAAAAUUUGAUUGUGCAAAGCUCUCAUAAAUUAAAAUAUUCCAACUGUAUUAACGGAGUAACGAAUCAUGAUUGAGUCCUCGGAGAAAAUACAAAAUAUUUACGAGGAACUUGAUAAUGCAGAUCGUAUUAAUUACCUAAUAAAACAGUUUGCGGAAUUGAAAGAAAAGAUCUGCAAACAAAAAAAGGAUCGAUAUUAUUGGAAAUCACACUUUUCUACUUUAUUGACGAACAUUUGGGCAGGGCAAAUCAAGUAUUUGGAAUUGCAUAAAAAGGAAAUCGACCUUAGAAACAGAAUAUCGGAAGUUACAAAUAUGGUUAAGCUUAGACAACAAAAAUUGAAAGAUUUAUCAACUAAAAGAAUGGUGUAUUUUACAGAACAAUGCGAUAAAUACCGAAUUAAAAGUAUAACGUUUGCAAAUAAUUUCUUACACGCGCAGAAAAAAUACUCAAAUCGAAAUUUAAACAGAGAAAUUCGAGAAUUUCGAGAAGAAUAUCAAGAAAUGUAUAACGAAAUGCCAAUACUUGCGAAAAAAUUAGAAAAUUUAGAAACACUGUGUGAUUUGAACAAAUUAAGUUCUGAAGAAGCUGAAGAAAUAUCGAAAAUUAAUCUCGUUUUGUCGAGUAUAACAAAAACUAACACUAGUAAAUUAUUGCAACUUACAUAUGUUCAAAAUACGCUAAAAAAGCUAGAGAAUGAAAUAAAACAGAAGAAAACGACGUUUAGUAGUCUCCAGAAAUAA